AUACAAUAUGUCUAAAAAAUAAUAGCAAUGGCAGUAGACUGUGUUGAAUCAUUAUUUCAAACUCUUGUUUCACAUUAUCCAUGACUAAGGAUGUGUUUAUAUUAUAUUCAGUACGGUUUAAAAAGAAGAUCUUGAUAAUGUGAUUCAGCAAAAUAAAUUGAAUGCUUGCUUUAAUGUGACUCAAGAUAAUGGCAGAGAAACACAAAAUUCCCAGUGAUAACACAGAUCUUACUGGUGACAUCAUGGCAGACGUGGAUGAGGACGUCUAUGCUCAACUAGCUCAGAAAGAAAGGGAUUUAAUCUUGGCUGCAGAGCUAGGAAAAGCUUUAUUAGAUUCCAACCAGGAGCUGCAGCUUCGGUAUGAUCAUGCAGUGGAUGAUUUUACUCACAAAAUUGAGGGCCUUCAGCAGGAGAAACAUGAUUUACACUUGGAGCUGGAGAAGAUGGAAACAGAAUAUCAAAAUGCUUUGAAAGAUUUACAAGAUGACAUUGCUUCACUUCGGAAACAGAUCCAGGCUAAGGAUGAAUUAUCAAUAACAGAGCGAGAGAGGUCAAGGACCAUAAGAGAGGCUCAAUUAAACUCUGAUUAUUACUUGGAUGAAAUUAAAAAGGCUUCUAAAAGAGAAGAGGAGCUUAUCGAAGAACUUAGUGGACAGAGAGAGAAAAUGGAAUCUAGUGCAGCAACUAUCAAAGAUCAAAUGGAUCACAUCAAUAUGUUACGAGAUCAGGUUGAAUAUCUAAAUGACAAGUUAAAGAAAGCUAAUCAAAAACUCAGUGAAGUUCAGGGAGAAAGGGAUGCUUUGACUACUACAUUAGAGCUGGCUCAGGAGCAGAUACAAAGUCUGGAAUUGAAAAUAGCACAGCAAGAAGAAAAGAUUCAUCGUCAAGCUUGUGACAUAGAAGAACUACAAGAAGCAAAUUCAGACCUCCAGCUUCAGUUAGAUCAUCAGCAACAUCCCUACCACAGGCAGAUCUAUGCUAGGAAAUCAGCCCCUGGCAUAAAGAAUAAAAACAUGAAUAAUAACAGUGCAGCGAGAGCAUUCCAGCCAAACACAUUAUUUCAGGAGCUCAAUCAGGAAAAACUUAAUCAAAACCAUCAGGAGAAAACUUGUGCCCAAAAUUCAACAGAAGAUGAGCUGAAGCAGUGUCCUUUACCAUUAGCCUCAGAGAUGUCGCUUUUAGCCGAGAUAAAGAGUGCUCAGCCUCUUAAUGUGCCACCCUUGUCUACAGAGCUGGCCCACUGCCACAGUAGAAAUGCUAGCAACUGUAGCUUGUCGUCUCUCACUGAAGGUUCCAGAAAACGCCACCACCAGAAUAUUGGUAACAACAGCGACGAAGACUCUGAAACAGACACACUCAAAAUUAAUCGAAAUUUUGGGUGCAAACAGACCUUGUAUGCCCCAGCUCAAAGCUAUCAAUUAGCUUUCAGUUCUAAUGGCUGUGUGCCUGAAUCAAGUUUGGAUAACAAUGGAAAUGGUAUUCUUCUGGUCAAGUCCUCCAACAUCUUCAACAAAGAAAAUACUGCCAGCUUGGCAGCUGAGUUAUUCCAGCAGCCGCAUUCAGCAUUUGAUGAGUGCGAUAUACUUUCAGAAUCUUCUUCAAAGUGCUCAACUCCAGAAGACAUCUCAAAACCUCUUUUUGAUGGCAAAGCCUUUGAGAACCACUCCACCAAAGCAUUAGAUUCAGCCAUGUCCCACAGUAUUCAGCAAGAGAUGUCUUUGUUUUCUGAGCUGUCAUCUCAAAUGUAUGAAGACAAAUCUGGCUCAGGCUCAGACUUAUCCUCAAACUGCAUGCUUGGAGUUUUUGACUUUUCCUCUGGCCCUGAUCCAAUUCUCAAUGAUGUAGACAGAAAUGACAGUAAUGAAUCUCUGAAUCAGUCUAUGGAAAUAAGAUCUCAUCUAGAAUCUGAUUUGAGUAUGACUUCAGAGUGGUAUUAUAUGACCCCGGUGACUACAGAGAUGUUGGAAGAUGAUGACUUUGAGUGUGAUGACGAUGAUUUUUUAGUUGGCAACAUGGCUGGCACCACAUUGUCUAUAGGAGAUUCUAGAACUGGUCUAAACUAUUUAUACCAAGUGAAUAAAAAAACUGAAGAGGAUUCAACAGCUGUGGAUCCACCUGUGGACAACAAAGAUAUCUUACGAGAUUAUGCUGAGCCUGAAGAGUGUAGUCCAGAAAAACAGCAGAGACAACUGACUGAAGCCUGCCUACAGCUGAGAGAUCUGGUGAUCAGGAUGCAAGGUCAGUGUGACCUCAGGACCGACCUAGAAAAGAGAAGUGUUACUACAGAGGAUCUGCUGUCACUGGUUGCUCAGAUGAAAAUAUGUGUGGACAACAUCACUGCUGCUGAGACUGACGACAAUAAAAACAAAAACAACACUAGCCAGCUUCAUGAAACUAGCCAGUUAAAACUUCAGACUGCCAGCUAAAGUCACACGACCAGCUUAAACAGCCAGUGUUAAGAUCUGAACUACAAUGGACAACAUCUGACAAUUAUCUAUGCCAGAUAUCUAGUCAAAAUCUAUUUUUUAAUUUUUUUUUGUAUUUUUGAUGAUCUAGUCAUUUAUUUAUUAUUUUAUUAACUAUGUAUUUAUUUUACAAUAUUUAUUUGGCUCAAAUAGUUAAAAAAAAUAAAAAUAAGUUGUUUUUUUUUGUUAUGCAGUCAAAUGCUUUAUUUUGAUCACUUUUUUUGUCUCCAUAUUAACUUACAAUUAUAUAGAACUUAUUCAUUUAUUAUUAAUUUAAUAAGCCACAUUUUAAUAGUUUCAAGUAACCAUGUGAAAUUGAAACUACCUUUUUUUUUAAACCAAUGCGUCAAUUUGUAUUAAAUAAAAAUAUAAAUUGAAAAUUGUGCUUUAGUGCUUACAAAUAAAUUCUUUUCACUGCAUUGUAGGGAAAUUUUGUACUUGGGUUUAACGUUAGGCCUUUUACUCUUUAGCCAAUUUUUGGCCUGAUGUUUUAAACCUCGCACUAAAAUGUUGACUUUGCUGUUCUUCAGUUUAUUUUUAAGUACAUGAUACCAGUUCAUUUAUUACUAUUUUGUAUACAAAACUAUUUCCUGCCCUGCUCAUGUAUAUUAUAUUUAAGAAGUAUUAUUAUAGAUUCAUGUAUAUACAUUUUUUUUUUAUUAUCCUUUUUAUGUCUCCUCCUAUGGUUGUUAUAAAUCAUUCAGUUUCAUUGAAAUCCAUUUCCUUUUUAUUAAUUUGCCAAUGUGCUUAAAACAUUUCCAAAAUACUGGAAUUUUUUUUUUUCUACAUAAAACUGAUAAUUUAAAUUGGCACAAAACCAAAACAAAUAAUUCUUUGUACUAUUGAGUCACGGUCACACAUGCUUCUUUGACCUUUUGUGCUUUUUUUCCCAUGAUCUUUUGUUUCAUUUUAUUGAUAACUAUUUCUAGCAGCUAGUUCACUGUGGCAUGUCAUUACAAUGACUGUUGCAUGUAAAGACCAAUUGUUCUAAGGGUUCUUGGUGAACUGGCUCUUAACUAUUCCCUAGGGUUCAAUGGAUGUAAGAAACGCAUUGAAAUAUGUACUUAGUAGAACUCAACUAUGAUAGAGAAAAAAGCAAAUUUUAGCCCUGAAGCUCCUUUAAGUAAGUGGUUAUAGAGCUUUACUUACAAGGUACCAACAACUCUCAUAAUAUUGAAUAAAAUUCAUGUGAAGCCUGACCAAAAUUAGAACUUAUAAAUGUUUGUUUAGUGUUGAAAUGACUAUUUCCCUCAUUUAGCAGCAGGCUUUAAUGUCAGACAAUUUUAUUACAUUAAGAAUUUAAUAUUUUUCAUUAGGUGGCAACUAUUUUUUUUUUUCUUUUAAUGUUAUAUACCUAAUGCAUCUCAUUAUUCUGUUUUAUUGUUUGAUUUCAGUGUCAAAAAAAACACUUUUUACAUUACCAAGCAAUUCAUUUAUUUUCCUUUUGUUAAAAAAAUUCACUGACGGGUUGCUAUGUUUUGACAACAUUUGAAAAUACUAUUUGUAUUAAAAGUAUGGUUUAGUACAGUGUCAGAGUUAUAGAGUGGUGCUAUUUAAUGCAGCAGAGAGAAGGAAUCCGCCAGAUGUCUUGAAUUUUAUUUGAUUUUCAAAUACAAAGAGGAAAUCCUUUGAUUCACAGUAUUGAGUCGAUUAGCAUUUGAGCAUAAUUGAUGAACCUCUCUGUCUAACAAUCUUGUGCAAUAAGAAUGAAACUUUGAUUUUUGUUGUGUUAUUUUCAAUGUGAAUGAGAUAUAGGUUAUUCUUUGUUUUGUACUGUUCUUAAUUUAAAAUAAUUGCUGUAUGGAAAAAAUUGUCACGUCUAUAACAGUUAACUUUUUGAAACUUUUAUGUUAAAACCACAUCUGUCAAAAUCAUUGACUGCCUCGAAAAAUGUUUGCAUUUAAUUCUUUGUAGAACAUUCCAGGCUGUAAAUAACUUUAUAAAAAGAGAACCAUUGUAUAGGUUAAUUUCAUGAAAGCAUUCAGAUGCUUUGCAAAUGCACUUCUUGUUUGGUAUUUGCUAACACAAAUUUCUAGGUUUGUAUACCUUAAUAACUGUCAUUGUUUUGGUUAUAGAUGUGUUUGAUACCUUCCUUUUUUUUUUUCAGAACAUCUUGAUGUUCUCUCUCUCUCUUACGAACACUAAACUAGUUUCCUUGAAAUAACAUGACUACUAGCAGUGCUAUCAACUUAUUUUGUUGCAGUCAAAAGUUCAAAGUUUGUUAGGAAGUACUCAAACUAAUGGAGUCAGUUUGCAAUUCUUUCAUAACUUUGUAAUGUACAUUUGAUGUGUAUUUUCUUAAUGAAAUAAGAAAAUGUGAAGUUAUAAAACUAAUUUAGAUUUUUAAUGACAUUAUCUACACAAUGUUGACAAAUGUGACGCAAUUUCUGACACGCACCUUAUCUUUAUAGUCAAUCUUGUUUUAAUGGAUAGCUUCCAAUGAAGAAACGAGACUCUUACAAAAUUGUGAAUUGGCAUGUCUUGACAAUGUUGUGAUUAUUUUUGGGACAUAAAAAAAUUUUUACAAAAUAUAUUAAUGCACAAAUGUUGAUGGACCAGGGUUGACAUUCUAUUAUCUAUAUCUAUUUCAAACAUAUUGAUUGAAAUUAUUUAAAAUCUUCUACCUUGUAAUCAUUUCUGGGCAUUCCAUCUUUGAUGACCAACAAACAAUUUUAUUUCACUAACUGAAUACGUAACAAGAAAUUUCCAAUUGUUUUGAUUGCAUGUCUUUCUACCAAUGUUUGCUCAUUAGGUUUUAUUGUCAGGUUUUUGUUCUUUCAUUUCCUUCAACAUUCCCUCUAUUGCCUUCUACUGUUUGAAAUUUUUUUUAAUUUUAUGACUGAGAAGACAAACCCUAGCUAACUUACAUCAUUGAAAUGUUUAUUGAUAGUCAAGAACACUAAAUUCUUUCUCAGCUUGAUUGAUCACAAAUAUUGCUGGGUUUUUGUGUUUUUUUUUAGAAAAUUGUAGAGUGAAAUUAAAACUGAAUUCAUGACCCGAUAUUUUGUUAGAACUAAACAACUGGGUGUUGUUAAAAUAAGUUUUGAAUAGUUCUAGAAUCUGUCAUUUUCUACCAAUUAUUCAUAUGAGUUCUUUGAAAAUUUUAUAGUCAAUGCAUUUUUGGAUGACAUUUUUGUAGCCUUUAAUUUUGUUGAGAAAGACAUUUUUACAAACUCCUAUGACAUUUGCACACCAACUGGACAGUUUGCACCUUUGACAUUUGUUUCAUACUUUACCAUUUGUCCAGAUCGCCCCCCUUUCCCCCAUUGUUGUCUGUUGUGCCAAUGUGUUCAAUGCUAUUUUUUUGCAUUUACAAGAUGGAACAGGUUUUGUUUUUUUUUUUUGUUGAUAAAAAUAAAUUGCCAUAUAUUGCUGCUGAUCUUGGACUUGUACUCAUCAAACAAUUGUACUCUGGUAACCGCAUUCCCAAUGAGAAAGUUAUGUUUGUGUUGAGUUUGAGAAAUGUUGAAUUAAGUUAGAUGUUUAAGAACUGAUAGCAGGAUGGAAGUUUGAAAUGACUCUAGACUACUUACAUGGAUGGUUGACUAAUAAUGCUUCACACUUUUGGCAUGUCCUGCUAAAGCUUGUUUCAUGAUUGUAUUUAAAAGUCUCGGUUCUUACUGUACAUUUUGGCUGUUUGAAAUCGAUACUGUAAAUACAUUUUAGCCAGAAAUGUUUAAGCUGGUAGAAAAAGUAUUACUCUUUCUUUCUCUUUGAUUCAUGAAGUCAGCUGAUCAUUUCUAGGUUUUCAGCAGGAUGCAAUAGCUUGGUGGAAAAAUCAGAGUUGUCUGGUCAAAAGGAUCAUUUUAAAAAUUCUGUUUUUUAGUGGAUAGUAACAUUAGAGUUUCAUAUUCUGUUCACUAUGAUAACUAAUUGGUGGCUGCUUUUCCUACCAUUAGAGGGUUAUUCAUAAUGCAAGAUAGUCUGGCUUAUCUUUUUCUUCAGCCUUCAUAACUGGUCUCUCUAAUAAGCUCCCUUGUUCUAGUAAAAAAAAAUUCUUUGUACCCAUUUGAGUUCCUUUAUUCCUCCAGUGGAACAUAAUUUUUGUCGUAAAUUUAGUGUCUGGUCAGUAUCCAAAGAGUAGCUUCUAGACAAGACCCUUUUAAAUGUGACCUUGUUCCACAAACUAACAAGACCAUUCUGCACAUCUCUGUUUGGUCCUACACAUCCCAAGCUAAGCACUAACGCAUACCUGUAAAUGUGACUUACAAUUCUGAUUUUAUUUGUAUUUGUCCAGUCACACACAAGAAAUACCAGUAUCUUUCUGGGAGUUCUAAUACAUUGUGCACAAAGUUAUGUUUUGCUAAAUAUUUCAUGUUUCUGUACCAAAUAGUUAACUUUAUUGUUUUGUUUUGCUUCUUCUUCUGCAGGUUCUUUAUGGUCAAUUUAGGUUAGCUAAAUAAGUACACAAGUCACAAAAAUUUUGGUGUUUUUUGUUUUUUUUUAAUGCUCAUAACAUUUAAAACUUAUAUUUAGACAAUGUAAAUCUUUUGCAACAAUGCAACCACUAGAUAUUGUACACUUUAAUUGCUAAAGCUCUAUUUAAGUAAUUUGUUUGGUAAUAUUAAGCCAUUUUAUAAUAAAUUUUGUUAUUUCUAGUUCUUGAUUGGCUUUGUUUAAAUUUCAAAUGCUGAUGAUAAUAAUAUAUAUCCUUGGGUUUUAAAGAUUUUCUUUGUCAACUCUUAAGAUAUAAAGUAAAUUGACAUUGAAACUUGCAGUUGUAGUAUUUAAACAAAACUGUUUAUACUUAAAGUGACUAGAAAAUUAUUUUCCUUAAUUCAGAAUUAACUUUUCUUUGUCAAUAGGUAAAAUGUUUUCUAUUUGAAUUCUUUUUGUAGCAGUGUUACCUUGUACUUGAAAACCACAAUGUCUUUAUUUGACUUGAUCUAAAUAUUGUGUUUUCUAAAUGUUCUCCUGUAGUGCAGUCACUUUGUGCUGAACAUAAAUGUCAUUUAUUUGUCAAUGUUCUCUGUGUCUUUAAAAGCAUUGGUACAUCCGUUGAUAAAUCUUACAGCUAAGAUGAAGUUAAUCAUUGCCUAUAGAUAAAUCUCUCAAGUGAAACAGAGUCUUGCUUUCAAUGUUGUUCAUUCUUAUGAAAAUAAAUGUUACAAAACAACA